CAUGUCCACCACUACCUGCCAAGUGGUGGGCUUUCUCCUGGCCAUUGUGGGGCUGGCAGGCUGCAUCACCGCCACGGGGAUGGACAUGUGGAGCACACAGGACUUAUACGACAAUCCUGUCACCUCCGUAUUCCAGUACGAAGGGCUCUGGCGGAGCUGCGUGAGGCAGAGCUCAGGCUUCACGGAGUGCAGGCCCUACUUCACCAUUCUGGGCCUUCCAGCCAUGUUGCAGGCUGUGCGAGCUCUAAUGAUUGUGGGCAUUGUCCUGGGUGCCAUCGGCCUUCUGGUGUCCAUCUUUGCCCUGAAGUGCAUUCGCAUUGGCAGCAUGGAGGACUCAGCCAAAGCCAACAUGACACUGACCUCUGGGAUCAUGUUUAUCAUUGCAGGUCUUUGUGCCAUUGCUGGAGUGUCAGUGUUUGCCAACAUGCUGGUAACCAACUUUUGGAUGUCCACAGCCAACAUGUAUGGCAGCAUGGGUGGGAUGGUGCAGACUGUUCAGACCAGGUACACCUUCGGGUCUGCUCUGUUCGUGGGCUGGGUUGCUGGAGGCCUCACACUCAUCGGAGGUGUGAUGAUGUGCAUCGCCUGCCGGGGCUUGGUGCCAGAGGAAACCAGCUACAAAGCCGUGUCUUAUCAUGCCUCUGGUCACAAUGUUGGCUACAGGCCUGGGGGCUUCAAGGCCAGCUCUGGCUUUGGGCCUGGUGCCAAGAACAAGAAGAUCUAUGAUGGAGGUGUACACACAGAGGAUGAGGUCCAGUCUCACCCUACCAAGUAUGACUACGUGUAGUGCUCUAAGA